UGACAACCUUAGAAUAUUGAACACAAACAAUACUCGAAUUGGUUCUUCUUAAAUCUCAGCGAAUUACAAGCGUCUUUCCAAGUCCCCGAUAGAACCUAAAAAAAAAAAUGUUUAAAAACACUUUUCAAAGUGGAUUUCUUUCAGUCCUUUAUAGCAUUGGCAGCAAGCCUUUGCAGCUUUGGGACAAAAUUGUGCGCAAUGGCCAUAUCAAGCGAAUAACUGACAACGACAUCCAGUCCCUUGUCUUAGAAAUCGUUGGAACCAAUGUUUCAACGACAUACAUAACAUGCCCUGCUGAUCCAAAAAAGACUCUAGGAAUAAAACUUCCUUAUCUUGUUAUGAUUGUCAAGAACAUGAAAAAAUAUUUCACCUUUGAAGUUCAGAUAUUAGAUGAUAAAAAUGUUAGACGUAGAUUCAGAGCAAGCAACUACCAGUCAACUACAAGAGUGAAGCCUUUCAUAUGUACAAUGCCAAUGCGGCUUGAUGAAGGAUGGAAUCAGAUUCAGUUUAAUUUGGCUGAUUUCACUCGUCGGGCUUAUGGGACAAAUUAUGUGGAAACUCUGAGGAUUCAAAUUCAUGCCAAUUGCAGAAUUCGUCGCAUCUACUUCUCUGACAGACUCUAUUCUGAAGAUGAGUUGCCUGCUGAGUUUAAGCUCUAUCUGCCUGUACAGGCCAAAGCUAAAGUGUAAAAAAUGCUAUUUGUGUUAUGCUAUGUUCCUUUCAUUUUUACAAGCACUAAAAACAA